CAGCUCGGCAUAUAACUCUUUCGUAGAAGUGGUUGAAUUGUGUAAAGAACAAUGCAGAAAUUGUUGAUCUUCGCCUGCCUUGUGGGCACCAUGACAUGGGCCGCUGAAGUCUACUAUACGCCCCAUGCUAGCGCCGCUGCGGCUUACUAUGCACCACUACCCAUUGCAGUUCCUGCAACACGCACCGCUGCCAUUGUGCCAUUGGCCUAUUCACGCAUCCAAGCAGCUGUGCCACUGCCAGCAGUGGAGACAUACAAUAGCGUGCAGACACCGGAUUCAUUUCAACAACAAUAUCGUUCUGACUACAAACCGGUCACCUAUGAGUUUAUACAUUGAGUGUCUUGAAUUGUUUAUG